AUGCCAUCCAAGAGUUGGAUAGUGAUACUCCUUCUAUCAUCUCUACAUCUUGCUUUGGGCGUUUCUAAUGGUGGGAUUAUAGAUGAUACGUUACUGAUUGAUCCUACCAGCAUAUUAAAAACCAUAAGCGAAGUGGGCGAGAUUAUUGAUUGUGUGGAUAUCUACAAGCAACCGGCUUUCAGCCAUCCAAGGCUCAGGAAUCACACUCUCCAAAUGGAACCUAGCUCGUACCCGAUUGGACUCGAACCAAAGAGCACAUUCCCCUCGAAUAGCUCCUCGGAGGUGAACAUUCAAAGUUGGCACAAAAAAGGAGAGUAUUGUCCCGAGGGAAGCAUCCCGAUUUUAAGAUCGUUAGACGAGGAUUUCCCAAAGAAGCAUACACAUCCUUUGGCAUCUACAACGAACAACUCGCUCGCGCCACCAGGCUUUAAAGCCGAGUAUGCUGUAGCAUUUUUACCUGGAUCCAAUUUCUAUGGAGCACUUGGAGAAAUCAAUGUAUGGAACCCAAAAACUCUGAAAAAAGAAUUGAGUGCAUCUCAGUUCUGGGUUACAGAUGGCGGUGGGAAAGAUAUUGACUCAGUUGAGGUUGGCUGGAUGGUCACGGCGUUUACCAAUCAUCCCACCAUCUUCGUAUAUUGGACCGCUGAUGGAUACAACACGGGAUGUUACAAUGUGCGUUGCAGCGGCUUUGUUCAGACAAAUCGGAAGAUUGCGCUUGGUGCCUUUCUAACCCCAAUUUCUAUUUAUGGUGGCGAGCAGCACCUAAUGGGCAUAAAAGUCUACAGGGAUGGUCAAGGAAACUGGUGGGUGAAUGUUCUAGGUCAAAACUUGGGUUACUGGCCGCCCAACCUCUUCAAUGGCGGACUAAGGGGACCUGCAAGUCUGAUAGAAUGGGGAGGAGAAGUCAUUAACUCGAACCCACAAGGCGUUCACACAUCGACCCAAAUGGGUAGUGGGCAUUUCCCCAGUGAAUCGUAUAGCAGAGCUGCUUAUUUUAAGAACCUGCAAUACAUAGUCGAUGGUGGAGGCCUGGAAGAUGCUAAGGAUAUAACAGGCCAGGCGACGAGGCCUGAAUGUUACGAUAUACAAGUGCAGAAACCUAGUCGCGAGUGGGGGAGUUAUUUUUACUAUGGAGGUCCUGGGUUAUCAGCUAAUUGCAAGUGA